AUGGUGAAGGAAAAUAUCUGGCGGCUUUACCGCAUGGGCCAGAAAUGGCUUUCCAAGUCACAAACCGUUGAGCCCAUUUCAGGAAAAAAUCAAGAAGUGGGGCCCAGUGAGCCAGAUACUGAAGAUGAAAAGUAUAUUUCUUGGCGGGAGGAACACCCUUGUGCGCUAGCUUCAUUUCAUCAGAUGAUGAACUCUGCUAAAGGGAAGCAAAUUGUCGUGUUUUUAGAUUAUGAUGGGACUCUUUCACCAAUUGUGAACGAUCCAAACCACGCCUUCAUGACUGAUCGCAUGCGCUCGGCUGUGAAUGAUGUAGCAAGGCGUUUUCCAACAGCUAUUAUAAGUGGUAGAAGUCGAGACAAGGUGUAUGGAUUUGUGAAGUUAGAUGAUGUUUAUUAUGCUGGGAGCCACGGGAUGGACAUAAUGGGGCCUCCGUUGCAAGUUAACUAUCACCGCGACAAGUAUCAGAUUAACGCUCAAGAUGAAAAGGGUAAAGAAUUCACUAUCUUCCAACCUGCUCAGGAGUAUUUGCCCUCAAUUGAAAAGAUGUUAACUGAAUUGAAAACCCGAACCUGCAAUAUACCAGGCGCUUUCGUAGAGGACAAUAGGUUCUGUAUUUCUGUGCAUUACCGACAUGUCUUGGCAGAGGAUUACGAAGCCCUGGAACAGAUAGUUUGGUCAGUACUUUCAGACUAUCCUUGCUUCCAUAUGACUCGGGGCAAGAAGGUUAUGGAGAUUAGGCCAUCAAUCAAAUGGAACAAGGGGGAAGCUCUCGAGUACUUGCUUGACACUCUGGGAUUUUCCGACUACAGUAACGUUCUCCCAUUUUACCUCGGUGACGACAAAACUGAUGAAGACGCUUUCAAGGUACUCAAGAGAAGAGGACUAGGUUAUCCCGUAGUUGUAUCUUCCGUCCCAAGGGAAACCUGGGCUUCAUAUUCUCUACGCGAUUCAUCGGAAGUCUUGUCUUUUUUGAUACGUUUGGCAAGAUGGGGAGAGACAUCGGCCUAA